UUAUGUAUCCUUGGAAACGUUUGAUAUUCUUCGUUUAAUUGUAGUGAAUGAACACUAAAUAAUCUGAGUGAAUUCUUUGAGUUACAAUGUUUGGCGGCCCAUUAGACUUACCGAAAAAAACCAAAGCACCACCAUGGCCGAAAAAACUGCACGAUAUCAAUAUGCCUUGUCAGCAGCCUUACAAAUUUGGACAUAAUGCAAGGCCACCAAAUUCGAAUUAUAGUGUUAGAUUUCUACACUAUAAACAGCGGUUGAAGGAAACCCUAGACAAAAUGACGAAGAUGUACAAAUCUCAGGCAAUGGCUGAUAAAAUUUUCAUUCAGUAUUUCAAUCAUUAUAAUAAGAAAGACUUACAGAGAGAUAUAAAACUAAGGAUGGAAGCUAAAUUAAAAGCUGCAGACGACGCAUUAGAAUUGAGACGUCAGAAAUUGUUGGAGAUGCUAAGUAUAGAGGAGAAGCAAUUUUAUUAUGAAACAGUCGAUAAUGCCCAAAGAGGAAAAGAAAGCAAGCUCGCUGAGAUGAAAGAACGAGCGGAGAAAAUAAAAGCUAAGCGGGAAGCUGAGCGGUUGAAAGUUGUGGAAGAAAAACGCUUCCUUCAGUAUAGAGACCAGAACGAGUUGCUGCGACCAGCUCUGGAAAAACUGCACAACAUCGAAUCAAAAAUGGUGAAUCUUCAACAGAUGAGAGAGAACGAGGCUAAACGCGAAUCAGAACGAGAAAUCGAUAUGUUCUUCCAUAGAGUGAUGAUGAGGGAUGUGGAAGGGAAGGUAGCCAGAGAAGAACAGGAUUCCAUAAAACGUGGUAACGAUAUAAGAAAUAUGGUUAACACAUGGGACCAACAGAUUCGAGGAAAGGAACUGCUCAUGGAAGAAAUAGAGCAUGUCAAACGGGAAGAUUUCCAGGAAAUACAAAGAAAUAUGCAACAAUUGAAGGAAGAAAUACAAGAGGAAAAAAUUCGAAUACAUAAUGAAAAAGAAACUCGUAAAAAGGACCUGACGCGGCAGAUUGCACUAAGGGCGAAAUUUUUGGAUCAACGGCAGAAGGAACUAGAUGCACUAAAUAGGGCUUUCGCUCAUCUGAAUGACCUCGAAUUGGCAAAGGAACAACAAACUGAUACUGAGUCUAGAGUAAAAGCUAGACGAGAGAUGUUUACAUACAAAAAAUACCUGGAAGAACUCAAACAAGCAAGAAAAGAAGAAGAGCGACAAAUUCAGGAAAUAUUGAUUGCCGAUCAAAAUGAAAUAUUGGGAAAACAGGACGAAGCAAAAUGUAAGAUUAAGGCUGCCAAAGAGAAUCUUCGCAAAGAAGUCUACGCCAUAAGAGCUAGACAACUCGAAGAAAAGAGGGAGAACAAAGAAAAAGAGAAAGCAGAAGAAAGGUGCGUUGCUGAGUUCAUGAAUAAAGUGAUAGAAAUGAAUCACAACUUAGACCAUGAAGCAGAAAAGAUGAGAAAAGAAGAAGUGUUACAAUAUCGGGAUGACUUAUGUAAACAGAUAGAAUACAAUAGAAUACUGAAGGAGAGGGAAGGUAAAGAACUUGAAAGAGAACAGAAAAUGAGUGAACAAGAAGAACAGAGGUAUCUCGACAUAGUGAAUAAGAUGGUACAGGAAAAAAUCGAGGGUGGUUCUAAACAUCCCUUCAGAGAAGUUUUGGAUGAAUUUGAAUGCUACUGCAGAGAACAGGGAGCUGCUUCUUGCUAAAAAUAAAUAUAUAUGUCAAGAGUGUUUUUGAAUGAAAUUUCAACAAUUAAAAAAGGAAUGUAUCUUGCAUUGGAUAAACAAUCUAA